CGGGAAGGGGUACUUUCCGGGAAAAAUUUCCUUCCCUUUUUUGUUUUUUUCCUUUUUCCUUUUCCGGGGCGGUGAAGGGUUACGUCGCCCUUCUUCGAGGAAAGGAGAAAACCGGGGGUCGCCCUUUUAGAGCGGGAGAGGGGGGUUGAAAAGGGGGCGAGGGGGGAGGGGAAGAGGCAAGGGGGGGCGGAGGCGAGGGAGGGAAAUGAAUUCGGAGGAGAACAAGGCUGCUGCUGUGACCACAACUGAGGACAAACAGCUGUCCAGAAUACCGAGGUCAAAGCCAAGUACACCCAAGAUAGGAAAGCCUGUCCGUUCAUUUAUCACAGGCAAUUCUCCUCUGCUGCAAAUCCCAGUGAACAAGCUAAGUCGCAAGCCCAUCCAGGAGAAGGAAGUGAAGCCACAGUCAAAAGAAGCAGGGGUCACAGAGGACAAAGAGAACAACUCAGCCAUGGAAGCGGCGAAUGGGAUCGUGGACAGAAAGCGAGCUCUGUCCCCAGGGAAUGACGAGGAGACACCCAGAAAGAGGUCUAAGAAUGAGGAGGAAGGUAAGGAGGGUGUGAAGAAGGAGGUAAAUGUGAUGCAGAGAAAGAAACCCUCGGUGACAGAGGAUGACAUCAAGAACAUACUUAACAAAGAGUCAGAAGAUGAUGACUCUGGCCUGAGCAGGUUGGAUAGCUCAGAGGAAGAGUCAGGGGAGGAGAAUGGAGCACAGAGGAAAGCCAGUACUAAGUCAGACUCCAAGAAGGGAAACAAAUCAAAUGAGGAUUCAGACUCUGAUGAGCCCCUGGCAAUGAAAGCUCCCAAGAUGAAAGCACAGAAGAAGGAACCUAAUGAGGACUCAGGACAGGAUCUUUCUGAGCCCAAAGCAGAACCAGCAAAGAGUUCCAAGAUCUUAUCUGAGGACUCCAGCGAAGAUGAAGAAGUGGUGUCGAAAAAGAAAAAGUCUACACAGUCAUCAGCAAAAGGCAAGAAUGCCAAAAAGAAGAACAAGGCAGAGACAAGUGAUGAUUCUGGUGAUUCUGAGGAUGAUGAACCACUUGUGAAGAGCAGAGGGAGGCCAAGGAAAUCUAGCAAACCCUCCUUGCAUGAGUCUAGCUCAGAAGGGUCAUCAAGUGAGUCAGAGUAUGAGCCUGAGGCCAAGAAGGGAGGCAGAAAAUCAAAGCCCAAACAAAAGAGCAAGGUGGCAGCCAGAAGCACAAAGUUGGCCAAGAAGAAAUCUAGAAACAGUGAUUCAGAUUCUGAUGAUGAUGAAGAAGCUCCUAAGAAGAGCAAAGGAAAAGCAGUUAAGCCAGGGAAGAAGGCCAAACAAGCUGUGAGUUCCAGUGACUCAGAUGAUGAGCCACUUAUAACUAAGAAAAAAGCUAGAAAGGCAAGUCAGAAGUCUAAAGAUCCAGAGAGUGAUGAUGAUGACUCUGAUGACAAGCCCUUAGUGAAAAAGAAGCCAACUCCAAAAUCAAAAAAAGCAGCCAGUGAUAGUGACUCAGAUUAUGAACCAUUACAGAAAAAGAAACAGACUCCAAAAUCAAAAAAAGCUGCCAGCAACAGUGACUCUGAUGACGAGCCAUUACAGAAAAAGAAGCCGACUCCGAAAUCCAAAAAAGCUGCCAGCAACAGUGACUCUGAUGACGAGCCAUUACAGAAAAAGAAGCAGACUCCGAAAUCCAAAAAAGCUGCCAGCAACAGUGACUCUGAUGAUGAGCCAUUACAGAAAAAGAAGCCAACUCCAAAAUCAAAAAUAAAAGCCAAAAAUGCUGCAAGUGAUAGUGAAUCUAAUGAUAAUCAAUUAGUGCAGAAGAAACAAACUACAGAAGCUGAAAAAGCCAAGAGUGAGAGUGAUUCUGACAAUGAACCACUGCAGAAGAAGUCUGCAAAGAGUGAGGACACAGAGGAAGAGAAGUCUGGUGGGUCCAACAACAAGCAAGAGCAGGACAGGGAAGGAAAGAAAAGAAACAAGCCAAGUAGUUCAGAUGAAGAGGAGCCUCUGAGUAAGAAGAAAGGCCCAGAUCCUAAGAGAAAGAAGAUGGAAACCCCAAGUGAAUCAGAUGAGGAGCCACUGAGUAAUAAGAAAAGGAAACAGAUGAAGGAUGACCAAUCAGGCAGUGACUCAGAUGCAGAGGCAAGUACAAAGAUGAAGAAGAGUAUUCCCUCAAAACAGAAAAAGGAGGAAGACUCUGAGGAUUCUGAUGGAAGUGAUGCCGAUGCAAAGAAGAAUCAUUCUAGCAGCGACUCGGACUCAGAGUCAGAACCAGAGAAGGAAAGUAAGAAGACGCCCAAAAGAGGUGGAAAGCCCAAGACAGCAAAAGGCAAGAAAAAAGACUCAGACUCGGAGUCAGAGCCUGAGAAAGAGAGUAAGAAGACACCCAAGAGAGGGAGAAAGCCUAAGGCCAAAAAGACAGCUGAUGACAGUUCAGAAAACUCAGAUGGCAGCAGCAGUUCUGAUGACGAAGAGCCACUAGCCAAGAAAACUACUGCGAAGCAGAAGACCAAAGUAGCAGAGAAAAAGCCAGCUAAACCUGCACAAACAAGUGAUUCAGACAGUGAUGAACCUCUAGCCAAGAAGAAGAAAGAAGGAACGGGAGAGAAAGGAAAACAGUUGUCAAAGAAGGCUCCAAAAGCAGACAAGGCAGGCAGUGAUAGUUCAGAUACAUCACUCGACUCGGAUAGUGAGAAUGAAGAAUCAUCAAAAGAGAAGAUGAAGCCAGCCAAGAAGGAAGCCAGUAAAAAGUCACCAAAGCAAUCAAAGGGUGAGGACAAAUUAGCCCGUCUCAAAAAGUACAUCCGCACCUGUGGCAUCCACAUCAAGAACUAUGACAAACUUUUGGAAGGCUGCAAGAGUGUUGCAGCCAAAAAGACAAAACUCCUGAGUGUGAUGGAAGAACAGGGACUUAAAGGUAAAUUUCAUCUACCUUGUUUGGUUAUCUUUAAGUAGUAGAUAACCCUUUGACUGGAGCCUAGGAUUCUAUA